AUGACAAAGGGAGCCACUCAAAGAAGACGACAUACAAAUCUGAAACUAGGUUGUUUAAAUUGCAAACGUAAAAAAGUUCGUUGUGAUGAAACCCUUCCCGAAUGUAAAAAUUGUUUGAAAGGAAAGAAAGAAACAUGUUCAUAUUUGAAUUUAACAGUUCAAGAGAUUGAAAAGAUUAAAUUAACCCAUUCUUUAAGAACUUCUCAAAAUAAAUUAUUACAUCAACACUAUCGUUUACCUACUUCAUCAAAAGAACAUAAAAAAAUCAUUGAAUUGAAAACUCAUAGUAAUGAAAACAACAACGGCCAAUCAACAAUCAACAAUUUGUCAUCUUGUGAUGUAUUGGAAUUCAAAUUUGAAUUAAAGAAGUUACCUAUAAACAUUCCCAAUAUUAGUUAUCCUCCAUUGCAAUUUAAUAAUUCAUUCAUGAAAGAUUUUCGCACGGGAAAUACAGAUGAUGAUGAAUCAAGUUCUCCAGAAGAUUCAAACUCAAUUACACCAUCAGCAACUAUAUCAAUAGAAGAUUCUAUGAAAAUAUUACCUAAUGGGACUGUCUCACCCACAUCAUUUAAUUGUAUAAAUAAAAAUUUAUUCCGUCGAGUACAUCCAGAAAAUGUUAAAACUAAAGUGGUGGCAGAUUUAAGUUUUCAUGUUGUUAUGGGCAAAAGUAAUCUUUUGGAUCAUAUAAAUGAUUUAAUUCUAGAUUUCCCAACUUGUGGAAGAAAUAGAAGUAUGCUACUUGCAGCAUUUUUAGGAUUAGGAUCAACUAUUUUAUUGAAUGUUUACAAUAAAAAAAGACAAAUGGGAAUUAUUGGUGAAAAUUUGAAAGUUCUUGAUUUUUUAAAUAAAUGGUGUCUAGAAACUCAUGGUUAUUGUCAACUGGAAUUGCAAUCACUUUUGAAAUCGUUUGACAUUCGUAGUCAAAAUUUGUCACCGGAUGAACUUGAAGCAAUGUGUCAUUUGGUAGCUUAUACUAGUUAUUUAUUAAAUUUUAUAAAUUUAUUGUUAAAUUUUGGACCUCAAAGUUAUUUCAAUUCAAGUAAAGGGAUAUUUAAGGCAUAUGAAGUUUAUACCAAUUAUAUUCAAAGAAGAAACUUACCUCCGAAUACAACUGUUAAAUUUUUAACUAACAAUAUUCAAUAUAACAUAAUGACAAUAAAUAUUCCUUCAUAUCCUCCACAGUUUUUAUUUGAAAUUGAAUCAAAUUUAAGAAGUUUGGAAUUUAUAUUUAUCAACACGAGAUUAUUUGAGAACACCACUGUUAAUGCCAAUGAUUUUACAAAACUUGCAUAUCAGUUUAAAUCAUUAAUACGAUUUUUUGGAACUUAUGUAUUACCUAUAGUAUAUGCAUCAAGAAAUGAGAAUUUUGUUAGUAUUUAUCCACCCAAUGUUAUUUAUGAUAUUUUCAAACAAUGGCAUACAAUUUGUCCAAGUGAAGCAAUAGUACAUCAUCGUUAUCAUCAUGAACUUUCAAACGAUGAAGCAAUUUUCCUUAAUGAUUUAUCGACAACUUUAUACAUGUAUUAUUAUGCCAUUGCUGCUGCAUUAGAUGCAGUUUUCCCAGCUUGUAAAUAUUUACAUGGGAUGAGUUUUAUGUUGCCAACAAAUAAAUUUUUCACUAAUAAAUCAAUAAUGACAGUUCAUGAAAAUAACAAUUAUUCAGAGAAUUUAUUUCAAUUCAAGAUUGGUAAAUUAUUACAACGACAUAUUUUCUAUGCAUCUAGAUUAUUUUCAUUUUUCAGAAGAAGAUUUGUUUUUUAUUAUAAUAAUACUACUUGGGAGAAUCCAUUUCUUGAUGAAGAUUUAAAAUCCAAUAGAUUUAAAUCUCGUUCAAUCAAAAAUAGUUUUGAAGUUCCAAUACAAAGUUUCAAUAAUACUUUGAUCAGACCUGAACAUUAUCCAACCAGAGUAAAUAAAGAUAAAGAAAAUGGUACCAAUAGUCCAAUUUAUACAAGAGAAGAUGAUACCAUGAAUAAGCAAUUGUAUGCUAGAAAUAUAGAAACUUUAGAUUUCUUUGAUAUGAAUAGUAUCUUACAAUAUGAUUUUGAAACCAUGUUAUUGUUAAGAGAUUAUCGACCAGUGGUGGAUCAAUUCACCGUUAAUAGAAACGCAUUAGAUAUAAGUGUCAUUAGAGAAUACUAUAAUGAUAAAAUAAUCUUAUUAAAUAGUUUACACUGA